GCCGGGAUUGACAGGUGUGGUUUGUGGGAGCCGUGGAGAAGUGUCAGCCGGGUGACGUGGGCAGGAGGGGGCGGAGCCAGCAGAGGCAGCUCGAUGUGUCUGUCUAUCAGUUGAGAGUGUCUGAGAAGCCCAGGAUCUGACUGUGUGAGAUUCCACCGAGGAGAGCAGAGAGGGCGCCGGAUCUCCUCCUCUCCGGAGUUCAGGUCACCACUCCGCCGCUCCAAACAUCCACUUCUUCUUUAAGUCUUUGGCAAGAAGAUUAUUUGCGUCUGCUUUUUGUUGCCUUCGUUUUUUCCCUUCUUCUCCAACAUGCAUUGUAGCUGACAGCAGGCAUUUGUAUCAAUGACCGGCGAGGAAGAGGACUAGGAAGUCACCGCCGGGGAUGCUGGAAGGUGGGGAAGCCACCCAGCCUGUGUGUCUCUGACGGAAGUCACCCGGCAGACAUGAGGCCAGCUGAAGGCACAGGGGGGGAAAGUUGCAGCUUUUGAGACUCUUGUUUGAUCUCGGAUAAAGGGCUGUGGGGGGAGUGACUGCACUUACCAUCUUCCAGGGGAGCAGCGGGCGAACAAUCGUGUGCAGAACACAGGCAGACAGCAUGGCAAAGGACUGCUGCUCCGAUUGAGCUGGCACAGCUGAAUAAAGAGGAACCUGCCAGUGCGUGUCAAGGUGUUCUCUGGAUGUGGUGCCAAGCCCGCUCUGGGUAGAACCCCAGCUCCUCGUCCUAGUGCACUGCUGGCAGCCUCACACUUGAAGACAAGCUCAAAGUUUUCUGUCUGGUCUCCUCCGUGCCGGCCUCUUUCUGCUUUAUCUUUUGAUUGCCUCGUGUCCUGCAUGAACACAGAGGGAUUGGAGAAGUCCUGCGGAAACCACCAGGAUGCCCAGGAGGAAACAGCAAGCACCCCGGCGCUCUGCAGCAUAUGUUCCUGCAGAAGAAUUAAAGGCAGCUGAAACUGAGGAAGACAAUGUAGAAGAUGAUGGACUUUCCUUGGAUGUCCAAGACAGUGAAUAUUUAUUUAGCGAAGAACCAGAAGGCAAAGAGACUCAGAGCUACCAAAAUUCCCCUGUCAGUAGUGCAACUAAUCAUGAUGCUGGCUAUGGUUCUCCAUUUAGUGAAACAAGUGACCAUCUAGCAGAUUUUAAAAGUACUUCUUCCAAGGAUGGACAAGACAGAGAAGAUAGUCAGAAUGCAGACAAUUCAUCUUAUCCUCAGGACAGUUUGGCACAAAUUAAAGCGGUGUACACUAACCUGUUUUCAGAAAACAGUUGGUCCACUUUGGCAUUAGACCUGAAAAAGUCAAGUCCAACCACAAGUGCAGAUGCAAGCAAGCAAAGUGAGGAUGAAGAUGUAAAACCUAAAUCUGUUACGCCCACGCCUCCGCCUAUUACAAGUAGUAGUAGCAGUACUAAUACAAGUACUAGUAUCAGUGUUAGUACAAGCAACAGUACAAAUAGUAACAAUGCUUCUGGAUAUGACUGGCACCAAGCGGCAUUGGCAAAGACAUUGCAGCAAACAUCAUAUGGACUUCUGCCAGAGCCUAGCCUGUUUAGCACAGUUCAACUCUACCGGCAAAAUAAUAAACUGUAUGGGUCUGUUUUUACUGGAGCCAGUAAGUUCAGAUGCAAAGACUGCAGUGGAGCUUAUGACACACUGGUAGAGCUAACUGUUCAUAUGAAUGAAACAGGACAUUAUCGUGAUAAUAAUAGAGACAGAGAAUCUGAAAGAACCAGACGUUGGUCUAAACCUAGAAAAAGAUCACUUAUGGAAAUGGAAGGAAAAGAAGACGCACAGAAAGUUCUGAAAUGCAUGUAUUGUGGACAUUCCUUUGAAUCUCUGCAAGAUCUUAGUGUUCACAUGAUUAAAACGAAGCAUUACCAAAAAGUGCCUCUAAAAGAGCCAGUACCAGCCAUAACAAAACUGGUCCCUACCACGAAAAAACGCGCUCUUCAGGAUAUAUCAUCACCUGAGUCACCUGAGCAAGCAGGAAUUUCUCCAGGGGCCACAGGAACUGAUAAUGCAAAGGACCCUAAAACUGCCAAUCCUUAUGUGACUCCUAACAACAGAUAUGGUUAUCAAAAUGGUGCUAGUUAUACAUGGCAGUUUGAGGCACGCAAAGCUCAAAUUUUGAAGUGCAUGGAAUGUGGCAGCUCCCAUGAUACUUUACAGCAACUUACUGCUCACAUGAUGGUCACUGGACAUUUCUUAAAAGUGACCAAUUCUGCCUCUAAAAAAGGAAAACAACUGGUUUUGGAUGCAGUUGUAGAAGAGAAAAUUCAGUCAAUACCUUUACCCCCAACUACACAUGCGAGAUUACCAGCAUCAUACAUAAAGAAGCAGCCAGACUCACCAGCUGCAUCACCACUUUCAGAGGACAAACUAGAAGCAGAACAGGAAAAAGUAAUCUAUCCUGAGCCAGAAAAGAAGAUAAAGGAAGAAAAUGAAGAACCUGACAAAAUUGAGCCUGCAGUUUCAUAUCAAUACCUCAGAGAGGAGGAUUUAGACGAUAGUCCUAAAGGUGGGUUGGAUAUUUUAAAGUCACUGGAAAAUACAGUGUCCUCUGCAAUUAGUAAGGCUCAAAAUGGAGCACCAUCAUGGGGUGGAUAUCCUAGUAUUCAUGCUGCUUAUCAGCUACCCGGAUCUAUAAAAGCAUUGCAGCCCACUGUACAGAGUGUGCAAAUGCAACCAUCAUAUGCCAGUAGUGUCAAAUCCAUGGUCUCUGACCAUAAUGCUUUGGUCCAUUCUCCUGGUAGCGUAUCACCUCCUCCUCACAGAAGCAAUGUAUCGGCAAUGGAAGAAUUAGUGGAGAAAGUAACUGGAAAAAUAAAUGUAAAGAAAGAAGAAAAACCAGCAGAGAAGGAAAAGGUGACUCCAGUUAAACCCAUAUCUCCAGUAGCAAAAGAAAACAAAGACAUUCUUAAAACAGAUGACUCCAAUAUAAAGACUAUAAAGAAAUCCACAGAUGCUGAACUUCAGAAGACAAAAAAGGAAGCCCCAUUGGAAACUCACACACCAAAUGGUACAGAAUCUCAUAAAACAAAAAUGACUAAUGGGUGCAACAGUUUAGGAAUUAUAACAGAUCAUUCAACUGAGCCAUCAUUUAUAAAUCCCCUCAGUGCAUUACAAUCCAUAAUGAAUACACAUUUAGGCAAAGUUUCAAAGCCAGUAAGUCCAUCUUUGGAUCCAUUAGCAAUGUUAUACAAAAUUAGCAAUAGUAUGUUAGACAAACCUAUCUAUCCAACCACUCCUGUCAAACAGGUUGAGUCCAUUGAUCGGUACUACUACGACAACAGCGAUCAGCCAAUAGAUUUGACAAAAUCCAAAAACAAACCUCUUGUUGCAAGUAUAACUGACCCAGUCUCCUCACCCCUAAGGGAAAGUGCACUCAUGGACAUUUCUGAUAUGGUGAAGAAUCUCACUGGACGUUUAACACCCAAGUCUUCUACUCCGUCAACUGUAUCUGAAAAGUCAGAUGCAGAUGGCAGCAGUUUUGAAGAGGCAUUGGAUGAGUUAUCUCCUGUACAUAAAAGAAAGGGCAGACAGUCCAACUGGAACCCCCAGCAUCUCCUUAUACUUCAGGCCCAGUUUGCCUCUAGCUUACGGGAGACAGCUGAAGGCAAGUAUAUCAUGUCAGACUUAGGUCCUCAAGAACGGGUACACAUCUCUAAGUUUACUGGUCUUUCAAUGACAACGAUCAGCCAUUGGUUGGCCAAUGUCAAAUAUCAGCUAAGGAGGACAGGGGGAACAAAAUUUUUAAAGAAUCUGGACACGGGACACCCUGUUUUCUUUUGUAAUGAUUGUGCCUCUCAGUUCCGGACUGCUUCAACAUAUAUAAGUCAUUUAGAGACACAUCUAGGCUUUAGCUUGAAGGAUCUGUCAAAGGUUUCUCUAAAUCAAAUUCAAGAGCAGCAGAAUGUUUCAAAAGUUAUCACCAAUAAGGCUUUAAGCUCAAUUGGACUUAUUGAGGAGGAUUCAGGCUCCACAUUCCAGUGUAAGCUCUGCAACCGGACUUUUGCAAGCAAACACGCAGUUAAACUGCACCUUAGCAAAACACAUGGAAAGUCCCCAGAGGACCAUGUGAUAUAUGUAACUGAAUUGGAAAAACAGUAACAUCCAGUUAUGCAGCCAGGUAUGCAAGUGACCACAAGAACAUUGCACUAAACAUAUUCAUAAUACUGCACUAGGCCUGACCUGAGCCUCUGAAAUCAGUCUUAUUAUUUUUUUUAUUUUUUUUGCUGAACUGCCUAUCUGGAUUUUUUUUUCACAUAUUUUAUAUUUAUAUUUAUAUUCUCUUUGUCUGAUUUGUGCAUGUUUUUUUUUUUUUUUUGUGAGUCAAUGUCUGACCUUUUAAUUUUCAACAUCUGUUCUUGAUGUUAAGCUAUCUUUUGUAGAAUGUAGUGGGAGACACUAUUGAGAGACAUUAAUUUAACCACAAAGAAACACAAAGAACAAUGACAUAAAAACAAACAUCCUAAAAUUAACACGUUGCCAUGACAAUAAAGGUUGGAAAAAUCUUGUGGCAUCAAGUUAACCCUUUGAGCACUGCCAUAGCAUUUCUGUGCCUUUUGAUAUAUAAAACAUAUUUAAUUAAAAAUCUUUAUACAAUUCAAGAAAAAUUAAAUUAAAUAUAUUAUAGUAAUAAAUACUGAAUACAGAUCUUAGAUUGAAAGAAAAAAAAGUAUGCAUGCAGCCCUGGGAUAAGGGAGGAAGGCUAUAUAGUACUCCUAGGGUUACUCUGCCACAUGUGUAGAAAAAGAAAUCCUAAUGUAAAAUUUAAAAAAAUAAAAUAAAAUAUACAGGAAAGAUACUGUACCAUCAAUCGUGAACUGUCACAAUGGAAAAUGAUGUUUCACUACAGCAAGAUCUUGUAUGCCAAUAUUUUAUUCAAACACGUAGAAAUGAUUUCUUUUUGCAAAAUGAAUUAUAUGGUUUCUAAUUAUUUGCAAAUAUAAGCUCCCGUACGAGCUUAUCUUUCUACAAUUGUGCUGCAUUUGAAUCUAUUUUGCUACCAGCAGGUUAACCGCUUGGGCAUCGGAAGUUUUGCCACCCACUGGAGCAGCCAGGCAUCCAAAGGGUUAAAUUUGUACUUCAAUGCAGUCCUUCUGGCUGACAUAACAAGAGGAUCAUGUUCCAUGUAAAUAAAAGAUAACAAUUUAAGAGUACAUGUUACAUAUCUUACCAUUUGAAACAGUUCUGCUUCCUUUGUACCUUAUGGCUGUAUGCUUUCACUUUGAACUUUUUUAUAUUGUCAUUUUAUAUUCAAUUCCUAUGUAUAUAAAAU